AUGACGGGCGCUGGCCUCCUCGCUGCGCCCGUACAAGUCCAGUCAGGCGGCUACGUUCCACGUCUGCCCGAUGAAUUUUGCUUAGGGCGCCCUCAAAAGAAGGAACAACCAUACUGGAACGAUUCUGCUCUCAUUUUCCCCCUUAGAUUUAAUAUGGUCUGCAUCUGUUUACUGACCUUUUCAAACCAAGAAGCUCUACUUAAGUCUGCUUUAGACACUAAGAAGGAAAUCUCUCAACUAAUGCCAUGUUUUUUUUUGGGGGGGGGGUCUCUUUCAGACACUAGAGAUUGUAUUUUGGAGCCACUUUCUCUGCCAGAAAGUCCAGGUGGUGUUUCUGCUGUAGAAGGCUCUCCAUCUGUGCCUUGUAUAUUCUGUGAAGAAUAUUCUCCUCUAUCAGAACAAAACCAUCUUCUGAAGCACAUGAUUAUAGAGCACAAGCUUGUCAUAGCAGAUGUCAAGCUGGUGGCGGAUUUUAAGAGAUAUGUAUUAUACUGGAAGAAAAGAUUCUCUGAGCAGCCUAUCACAGACUUCUGUUGUGUGAUAAGAACAAAUUCCGAAGCACCGUUAGAGGAACAGGACAAUUAUUUUCUUUUAUGUGAUGCUUUACCUGAAGACAGAGUGCUAAGAGAGAAGCUCCAACAGCAGAGACUGCGGGAAGUUCUGGAGCAGCAGCAGCGAGAAAGAUAUGAUACUGACUUCUGUGGAACAUGCAUGUUCUGUGAUAAAGAAUUCACUGGAAACAGGUCAGUCCUUCUCAAUCACAUGGCAACUGAUCAUGCAUUCAAUAUUGGGCUGCCAGAUAACAUUGUAAGCUGCAAGGAGUUUUUGAAUGUUUUACAGAAGAAACUUGACAGUUUGCAGUGUUUGUACUGUGAAAAAAUCUUUCGAGAUAAGAACACGCUCAAAGAUCACAUGAGAAAGAAGCAACAUCGCAAAAUCAAUGCCAAAAACAGAGAAUAUGACAGAUUUUAUAUUAUUAAUUACCUGGAAUUUGGAAAGUCUUGGGAAGAAGUUCAGUCUGAAGAUGAUCGGGAACUAUUAGACAGCCAAGAAGACGACUGGUCCGACUGGGAAGAACAUCCUGUUUGUGCAGUCUGCCUCUUUUGUGAAAAGCAAACAGACACUACAGAAAAACUGUAUGUUCAUAUGGAGGAGGCUCAUGGAUUUGACCUGCUGAAAAUAAAGUCAGACUAUGGUUUGAAUUUCUAUCAGCAAGUGAAAUUAGUGAACUUUGUCAGAAGGGAAGUCCACCAGUGUCGAUGUUACAGUUGCCAGAACAAAUUCCAGUCGAAAAAAGAAUUGACCAGUCAUAUGGAAGAGACCAAACACAUCACAUUUCUGCCAGCCAGAUCCAUCUGGGAUCAACCACAGUAUUAUUUUCCUACUUAUGAAAAUGAUACUCUUCUCUGCACACUCUCAGACAGUGAUGAUGAAUUGACGUCUGGUAAACGGAAAGAGGAUGUGCCUGUCAUUAGCGAGGAUAUUUCCAACAUCGAGGCUCUGAAACGAAGCAGCGUGUUAAACCAACUUCUCCGAGAGGACAUGAAUAAUGGAGAGCCUUGAUGUUAAGAAAAUAGUGUUCCUGAAUACAUGAGCAAUUUAU